AACAAAGAAGGACAAAUGAAAAAACAUGGCGGACCCUGCACAAGAAAAUACGGUGAGAAUAUUCCACUUGAUUUUUAGCCAUCAUCGGGAUGUUAGCUUAAACGUUUAGUUGUUCAAAGCUGCUUCUUUUACUUGCUUCAUAUAACUUAGUUUUUUCGCUUACAAUAGACAAGGCUUUGAAUAAAAAACACUCCUUCUAGUGCUUCAACUGGCGCGCGAUUUUGGACGACCGAAUCAUACCAAAGCUCAGUGUUUAUACAAACUAGAGUUCUGAUAAAGGUUUUAUAGCCGUAACGGUAGAUAAUCAGCAAAGUUAUCUGAUUUAUGAUGGUUGAGCCCGAGCUUUUACAACACAACGAAAGCCAGAGGACUUAAAUUAAAAUAAUACUAUACUGUUUAUUGCCCUUGAGAGAUUUUUGAUGUUUUGUUGUGGACCGUCCUUAUCGUAAAACUGUAAUGUUAAAAGACUUAACAACAGAACAGGCUAACGUAGCAUCACCACUGAAAUACUACUUUUUAUCUUCCAAGUUCACAGGUCGGUGUAAUUCCUGUAUUUAGCCGCUAGUCUUUGACAAAUAAUUAUAACCGAUUUCGAAAAAAGUUGACAACUCAUUAUAUAAGCUGUAGUAUUUAAACAGUGUAUUAGAUAGAUAAGGACGUAUUAAAGUUCAAACUGUUUGUGGUGACCAGGUUUGGAUCCAUACUGGUUUUCUUCAUUUUACAAGAAACAGUCAGGCCCCAGUUGUUCAAAAAGGGGUGGAUAAAACUAUCCAGUAGAUAAUGCAAUAUUGGUCUUCCUACUACUAUCUUAUCGGCUGGAUAAACCACUAUCCACUGGAUAGCGCAAUUGGUUUCCCAAAUACUUAUCCGAUGGAUAGCGAUUUAUCUGGCCCUGUUUGUUCAAAAGUUGGAUAGCACUUUCCACCUGGCCCCGGUUGUUCAAAAGAUGGAUAGCAAUGUCCACCGGAUAAAUCACUAUCCAAAGGACAAGUAUUAGGGAAACCAAUAAUUAAUUAUUAUUAUUGCGCUAUCCAGUGGAUAGAGAUUUAUCCGAUCGAUAGCGUUGUCCACCUUUUGAACAACUUCGGGCAGAUAAAUCACUAUCCAGUGGACAAGUAUUGCAAAAACCAAUUGCAUUAUCCACUGGAUAGUGAUUUAUCCGGCAGAUAGCGUUAUCCACCUUUUGAACAACUGGACCUUGACGGAUAACGCUAUCCAUCUUUUGAGCAACCAGGGCCAGGUGGAUAGCGUCAUCCAACUUUUGAAUAUUGUACGUCUCCUGAUGUUUGGAGUUUAAGAAAACGGCACUUUCAGGACUUAAACUUUUAUGGUUUUUCCUGGGAUACACAAACCAGACUCCUUACAACCAUGCACCAUUGGUGAUUCUGUAAUCCCAAAAUGGUUGUUUCCUGAAUCUCCAUCUGGUGGAUAUUUCUCCCUUUUUUGACUCUAACACAAAAUAAUGUAAUAUUCAUUGCACAGGAAAAUGUUGCUGAAACAGCAGAAGUUGCUUCACCUCCACAGCCUGAAGUUACAGAUGCUCAACCAGUAAAUGCUGAUGCAGAGAAUCCCCCUUCAGGAGAUGCUGUCACUGAAGAAUCACCCUCACAGCCUGUUGAUGAGGUGUCACCAGAGGGAGGGGUUGCUGAGGCUGCAAGUGUUGUGGCUGAGGGAGAUGGGACUGGUCAAAUACAAGGAGAAGGAGAGGGAGGGGAGGGAGAGAAGCCAAAUGUGGAAGAUGAAGCUAAACCAGCUCAGGAAGGGCAGGAUAAUUUUGAGGUGAGUUGUUUUUGUUGUCCCUCAUUUCCUGUUUUUUCAAAAGGGCAAUCAAAUGAUCUGAAAUUAAAUCUAUUUUGGUCAAAUCUUUAUAAAAUGGACACUAAAGGAACAAACACUUACACUGUUAAGUGUUUGCCCUAUAGAGUUAAAGAGAGCCAAAAGAAUAGAAGCAGAUUGGCAAUGGGCCAACUUUGGUUUCUUAAGAGAGACUCAACCAAUAAAAUACUGCAGUAAACUGAAAGUGUUUUUAUUUUUUGACUCUCCUUAAAUUCUCUCUCCAAUGAUGUCAGAGCAUUACUGACUUAUAAUUUGGUCAACGGGUGGGUCACAUGUGUUAAGAAGUUCUGGUCACUUCAUGUUCGGAAAUGACAAAGAUGAAUGUCAUUUUUGAGUUUUGCAACCUUGUUAUGAUCAGUUUGAAUCAAGUUUUUUUUAAUGCUCUCCUCAUUUUUAUUAAGUGCUAGUGAUGUAGAAAUAUUAACCAACACAAUUCUACAGGUGUAUUAUUUUAUUGUUUUGUUUAUUUCUUACAGCAAAUUGAGGAGCAAACAGAUGAAAAUGCACCCAUUCCAGAGGUAAUAUAAAGUGUAUAAAGGUGCCCUUAUUCUAUUAUGAUACUGAAUUAUUAAGGUCGUGAUUAAUAAUCAUUCUAUACACUGCAAAAUUCAAAUAAUUGUGAUACUCUGUAACUUCAAAAUCAGUCAAAACAGCCAUUUUUUAAAAAACAGACUCAGGGAAAGCUUUUAUAUUUUUAUGCAGAAUUCAGGUCAUGGAAGCAAGUGUAGCAUAGUGACCUCGCUCCCAAUGUGUGGCUUCAUAGCUCAGUUGGUAGAGCAAUGCACCGGUAACGGGGAGGUCACAGGUUCAAAUCCCUUUGAAGCCCUGAUUUUUUCAGGCUUUUUCUUUCCAAUUGCUUAAAUUGGAAAAUUUACUGCGUUGAUCAUUCUUCACUUUCAUAGUGAAUGUAGCGCCAACUUCUCACCAUGAAAAGUAGCCUGGGUUUAAAAUCCUAAUUAAUGCAACAGUAUAGAUUCUUCCUACCCACCCUUCCCCCAACCCAAUGGUAUACACUAAGUUCUCCGAUACAGCUAAACAUUGGGUCUAGGGAGGAGUAGGUGGGUAGUCCAAGUCUGUUGCUUAUAGUUUCCUUCUUUCCUUUAAGACUCUCCAGCACUCCAGUCUCCCCCUCUUCCCAAACCAACAAUAUUACCAAAUUGGACUGUUUCAGAAUUAUCCACCUCUUACCACCACCUAAAGUGUGACAUGGUAUUUUGAGCAGCAAGUACCUCUACACAGAUUUCCAGGUCCAUCAAACCCUUCUCCUCAUGUCUGUUGGCGAGUGUGGAGUUUCUCUUGAAUAAUUAACCCACAAAUUCCGGUUUGAUCUGAAAUGCAGGAAAGCUUUUGACACAAAUUCUUAAGAGCUCUGAGGUGUUUAGUACAUUAAUUUUACAGUUCAUUCUAGACGUAUCAAAGUUCAGAUAACUCUCGAGUAUUAUUGUGCUUUCUUGGGGAAUCCUUAUUUUUAUAAAUAAUUGAAGAACAAGACAAAAAAAUUGUGUGACCCUUUAUGACAUAUAAUGUUAUUUGAAUGAGGCUCUUAAUACAUUUCAUUUUACAAGUUCUUUGUAAGGGCUGUCAUGUAAUAUACCUGUGAUUUAAUUUUUAGAAUGAUGCUAUACCAGAGGCUGAUGAAGGUCCUACAGUGGAGUUGGCGCAGCCAUUAUCCCGUGAGGGGACGCCCACAGGAGAUCAAACUGUUGUAGAUAAUGACGCCAAGCAGGAGGAGCCAGAUGCAUCAGCCACACCCCCACCUCCUGUGUCCCAGUCCCCUGAACCAACCACUGACGUAGAACCACUCGAGUCUUACAUAGAAUCAGGUAAUUUUAUGAAAAUGACUGUGCAUGAUACAAUUGAACCUGCCAUAAGCAAGCAAAAUGAAGGCUUUAGUGGUCGCUUUUGAGAAUUAAAUGACAGGGGGCUCUUUCUAGAAGAUUUCUAAACACAUCUAUAAUAUAAUUUUAUGGACGAAAAUAAUAUUCAUUACGUACAAUUUAUGAUAUGUGCAAAGUUUCUUGUUGUGAAAAAAAUUGGCCUUGAGUUUUAAAGAUUACCAGUAGACACACCCAGGAAUGUGGGAAUUACUUUAUGUUACAUGAAUUGUGUGUGUCUGAAUGUUUUUGCACAUUCUUUUACCAGAUCCUAUGAGGUAUGAUGAAAUGGAGAUAGAUGAAGAAUCAGAACCAGAGAUGCCUAUUUACAAUAGAGCGGAGCUCAUUGAACGCUAUCAAGUAAGUAAAUAGCAAUAAAACCUUUUCUUUUACUGGCACAUUUUUGUUCCGCAUAUGAAGUAGGAAAAAAAAACUGGAAAAAGCUGUGCUAGAAGACCAUUUCAUGGUCUCCUAGCAUGGUUUGUUGCCUAGAAGACAUCAGUAGAGUCUAGACUAGUCAAGUUAAAUGCAUAAUAAACUUUGAUAAUUGUCCUUGUUGAAAACCUUAGCCAAAAACGUCUUUUUUGCUUGUUGUAAAAUCUAUUGUACAUUGUACAAAUUUGUUUUAUUCUGUUACCACUUUGUAGAUCGUUUAUUUUUGGUAUUUGAAUUUUGACGUGUCUGAAAUGUAAUGGUUUAACGGCAAAAAAACAAGAAAACAAAAUCAAAGGUUUAUAGAGGUUUGUUAAUGUCAAACUGGUAAUACUAUUGACUCAUUUGCAGCAAGCUUUGGAGGAGAGAUCCACCUUACAGUCAUUAAAUGCUCAGCUACAGCACAAAUUAGCAGAAUAUUUCAAAAAGAAAAAGGUAAUUUUUAAAAGAAAUAAUACUUCAUGAUUAUUCUGCCUAUGUAAAAUGGGCACAGACUCCUAAAGUCCUUUAGCCUGUACCAGGCUCUCAGUCAGUGCAGACAAGCAAAAAAAGCAAGUGAGAAGUGAAAUAGCGAAUGAGCCAAAAAUGGCAGGAAGAGAGAAGCGGAGAGCCUUUACUACCCUCCCCAAUUCCUGAAAAAACAAUUCUUAUGUCAAAAUGUCAAAAGCUGGGGAGGGUUUCACGUGCUUGACAUGUUUGUUAGACUCUUCACCUCCAUAGCCAAAUGAUUGACAUAAAUCUUGAAGUAACCUUUCACAAUUGACCAAUCGUAGGAUGUACUUGGAGUCGGUAUACCUGUUGUUGGAAUGAGAUAUUGGAAACAAAUACAGGGUUCACCUCUCCAUCUCUCCCCAGCCCUCUCACAGUUAGCCUGCGUAGCAGGCGCUUGGAAGUAUCUCACAGUUCUUGUGCAACUUUUGCUGAUCCGCUUUCCCCACUAUCGACUCCAAGUCCUUUACCCAUUUGCACUUCCACACAGGUGGCUAUGAUUGGUUGAUGCAUGAAUGUGUUUAAAUUUCAUAGAGCUGAUGAAAAUUGUCUGCAGUUAACACUUCCCCUUUUAGCUCUAAUAUUCUUUCAGCUUUUGUAAUCUAUCCAUUGGUCUCCAUUGUUUUCGUGAAUUUUCGAGUUACUAAAAAUCUGUGCAUUACCAGGUUUAAAAACUCGAGGCAAAACCGAGAGUUUUAAACCUGAUAAUGCAUGGCCGCGUGUUUUUUGAACAGCUUCAAAAUCUCUCCUGUAGAUCAACUCAUUCUUGCACUAAUAUUUAGAUUUGGGGUUAUUUUGGUAAAAAAGAUGGGACAUAAAGUUUAGCCGUGUCUUUAUUAGUCUGCUACACAGCCGUUUUUAGUGUCGUCACGCAACGCUCCUCCCCACAAACGGCCGUUAGUGGGGAGGAGCGUUAAGUGACGACACUAAAAACGGCUGUGUAGCAGACUAUGUAUUUAUGAGAUAUAAAGACACUCGUUAAACAUAAUUUCUUUUGUUUUUUCUUUACGAAUUAUAUGAAUUAUUAUUGAGUUUUUGAAUAAAAGUCUAAAAAUAUUAUCUUUAAUUAUUUUCUGUGUUUUCCUUUCAGAGUGAUGAACGGCAGCAAGAGAUUGAAAAGAACGUGACUGAUCAGGAACAAAGAUAUCUGAAAUAUAUGUGUACGUUUUGAACAAUGAAACAUUAGAGACCUUAAGAUCCGACCACGGCGACGGCAACGAGCACGUCAAAAAAGCAAUAGGCUUUAAUAGGUGCGGUCACACUCGCGAUUUACCCAUAGGAAAAUAGCUGUUGCCUUAGGAGAAGCAACUUUUUGUGUGUGGCCAAUUUCCCCAAGGUGAAAUUGCCUCAGGGAAAUUUCCAUAGAUACGUCAAAAAGAACAAAAAAGUUCCCGAGGUAAUUUCUUUGGGUUAAUAAAAAUCCAAAGCGGCUCUACCCCUUGGGCAAUUUAUCGUUGUGUGACCGCAGCCAUGAAAGUAUUAAAACCCAGAGCGAACCCAACCCAAACUGCUUCCCCAUAGGGAUCCUUGGGGAAGACGUCUAGUGUGACCACACUUAUAUUAACAAGCGAAACAACAAACUCUGCACGCGCAUCAUGCCGUCACUGCACGGCCACGACUUGAAAAUACCUAAUUUCAAGCAAAGACAAAAUUUUCUUUCUCUUUCUGAACGUAGAUAAGGCUCUUAGGAAUUCAACUCCAAGAGGGUUCCUUUACAUUUGAGAUAGUAACUGACUCGGAAUAAGAUUGAAAAAAGAUUGAAAAAACGCGAAUUCACGUUCUUAACGACGUUUUCGCGGACGUUACCGUCUUCGCAUUUUAUAAAAAGGUUUCCGCGGCUAUUGACGUAUCGACGCAUUUUGACGUACUGUGUGCUAACUUUUAAAGAAUCCAACCAACACAAUCAUUUUGAGGAAUGAUGUUUUGUUAACUACAUUCCCUGAACAGAGGUUCUUUUGCAAAGGAGGUUAUAGAACGUGUUGCUAACACCUUUCUUGCAGAAUACAAAGUGUUCAUUUAUAAACUGAUUUCUUUCACAUUCCAGCAAACCUCGAAGAACUUCAGAAUGAAGAAGGACGGGAAAAAGAAAGCUAUGAAGAACAAAUUGAGGAUCUGAAAGCAAAAUGCAAAGAGAAGCAGGAAAUUGUUAACAGAUCCAGGUAUGUACUCCUUUCCAUUACAAACACAAUAACAAAUGUAUUUUUUCAGCCGCACCCAACGAGAAUAUAGUUCAAAACCACUUAAACAUAGCACUGUUAAACGCAUUCUAGUAUUUAAACGGUAGAUAUGGGCAUAUUUUUAUUCCCCCAAAAUUUUUCAUCUGUUCGGAUUUCCUAGCUGAAAGCCUAGUGAUCCGAAAAUUGUAGAGAUCAAAACUUACCUUUUCGAAAAUUGCAGCCAGAAAAAAGGCUCCCGAAAAUUGUAGGUGGCCUUUUACAAUGUAAGGGUGAAAAUCCGUUAAAAAUGGGCAAUUACACUAUGUUCUAGAUGUUCGAAAAGCAUAGGAGAGGCAGGCAAUCAAGAAAUUUUACAACAAAUGUUCCGAAAAUUCUAGAUCUCAAAUCGUCUUCCGAACAGAUAUUUUGCGAAAUUUGCGUUGGGUGCCCCUGUUUUUUGGCGUCUCUUUAGUGAUUUUGUUAAAUAAUGACUAAAGACUGAAGUUGAUCUACGUGUAGACAGAAAUAAAUGUUAGAUCUUUUCAAGAGAAACGAGGGGAUGGGAUUUUACAGGGGCACCCAACGGCAAUUUUCGGGAAAAUAUCUGUUCGGAAGACGAUUUGAGAUCUAGAAUUUUCGGAGCAUUUGUUGUAAAAUUUUUUGCUUGCCUGCCUCUCCUAGGAUUUUCGAACAUCUACAGAAUGGCAUAAUUACCCAUUUUUAACGGAUUUUGACCCUAAAAAAGGCCACCUAGAAUUUUAGGGAGCCUUUUCCUGGCUGAAACUUUCGAGAAGGUAGGUUUUUAUCCCUAUAAUUUUCGGAUCGCUAGACUUUAGCUAGGAAAUCCGAACAGAUGAAAAGUUUUUAGGGGAUAAAAAUAUGCCUAUAUCUACCGUUUGAAUACUAAAAUACGUUCAACAAUGGUAUGUUAAGUGGUUUUGAACCAUAUCCUCGUUGGGUGCCCCUGAUUUUAGACCACGGCAAAAAGACAAAUGAUGGCCGCAGUGACAUCACAUUUACACAUUAGUCAUUGUUGAAUUCUUCGUGGCCAUGUACAGGUGGCCCUGUAUCCCAAUUUUUGGUGUCUGAGUGUGUUUGAUGUAUUAAAUCUCUCUCUGUCUGUUUUCAGUGACAACUUUAUGCUGUUCAAAAUGGACGUUGCAAAGCAGGCAAUCAACAGUCGGUCUGGGAAAGCCAUUCCUCCUAAAGUAAGAUAAGCGUUACAAAGAGAUAGUAUGAAACAUUCUCCCUUUUUUUCUUCUGUCAUUCAUCUUACACUAUUCUUCACUAGGGUGCUUAAGGAAAGGCGACGGCGACGGCAACGAGAACGGCAAAAAAGCAACAGGUUUCAUUGGCAAAGCAACAACUUUGCACGUACAUCACGCUUUUUGGUACAUUUCUUAGCACGUGAAAAUGCCUAGUUUUACGUUUUGUCGAGGACGUGAACACAGGACGACAACUUUCCUUUUCUUUUCUUGAAUUUUGAUACAGUCCUUUAAAAUUCAAAUCCAAAAAAACAUUUGCCAACAUUUGACGAAUUGAACGAUCGAGAUGGAAUAAGUGCGAUAAAUUUUGAGGCAGCGCGAAUUCACGUCGUAAGUGACCUUUUCGUAGCCGUCGCCGUCGAUGUUGAUGUUACACGAGACGAUUCGCAACGACAAUUUUUAGCGCAACACAGCGUUGCAACAUUGCUGUGUCAUUGUUUCGAAUGGUUACAACAUUGUUCCAGCAUUGUAUGCAACGCUGUGUUGCGCCAAAAAUAGUCGUUGCGAAUCGUCCUGUGUAAUAUCACCUUUAAGCUCCCUACUAACUAGAACACGAAGGCCGCGCUUCCCGAAAUUCCUCUUUCCCUAUCUCUUUCGAGUACAUACGCGCCGGCCAACCAUAGAUCUCAUUUUCCUCACAGAUAUUAGGGUGGGAGAAAUACGCGUGUGCGCGUGAAAAUAACCACCUGCGAGGGAGGGGACACACUCCUUGCGUUUGGUGAUUUUCACGCGCGUUCGCAUAUUUUGCUCACUCAACCAUCCCUGUGGAAAAGGAAGGACGACUUCUCUUAGGGCCUGUUUACAUGGAGGUGGGGGGCCCCAGGUAGGUGAGGUAACCCGCUUAGGUGAGGUAAAAAAAUAACCCGCCUUUACAUGCAAUCUUACAACCCCGCCUUCCCGGGGUGCACUUUCUCAAGAUUAUUGAAUGGUCGCUAAGCACGUAAACAAGAAAAAUGCUGGCAAACCACGAGUUUUGGCGAUUAAUGCACUUUUUCACUCACUUGUUGCUCUUGCUGCAACCCGUCAGUGCAAUAGCUUUCUAUUGUUAACUUUAAUCAUAAUGCAAAGACACCGCGAAAGUGAAUUUUGCGCGAAUUUGAUGUAUCACGAAUCCGACCCCGGCCAGGCGGGUUACCCCACCUUGAAACGUUUACAUGACAAAUUGUGACCCCGGCUGAGAGGGUAACCCGGUCUGGUAGACCGGGCUACCCGCCUUGGCGGGUCACCCCACCUAUCAUGUAAACGUGAUCAAAUGAAAAUGAGAGAUUAUAUGGACAGGCGGGUUACCCCACCUAAGCGGGUUACCUCACCUACCUGGGGUCCCCCACCUCCAUGUAAACAGGCCCUUAGUCUGGUCCAACCAUGACCAAAUUCCACGCUACAGGUCAUGGUCCGUGAAUCAAUCUUGAAAACUGAUAUCCUGGUAGCAUAUGCUUGUCAUUUCGCACAAGGUGAAAACAAAUCAAAACAACAAGGAAUACAAAAAUACUAAAAGACUAGAUUUUGCGUAGACUUCGUGUGCAUUUUAACUUUUGCUUCACUUUUGCUAACGUGUUAUUUAACAAGUCACCUCACCAUACUGAUAAAAUCAUGGUAUAUCAGUCAGGAUAUUUCUCUUUCAUCGUUCUAAGAACAACUUUUUUCUUCCUGCUGAAGGAUCUUGAACAGUACCAGAUGAUGGAACUCAAAAAAGAGCAAGAAGUCAUGCAGGUGACUUAUUAAGUUUUUGCAACAGGAACCGUUGUAUUCAUCAAGAAAGAAUGAAAGAAACGUUUAAUAGUAGUCCUGGUUAUUUGAUAGGUAAAAUCCGUUCUUUAGAAUCUAAGACGAGAACGAGUGCGAGAAGGAGAUUACCCAACACUAAGUAGUGCGCCUGCGUUAACCAGUGAUAGCCGUCGUCAUUCUACUACGGGAAUGUCGUUUAAUAGUGGCGGAAACAAGUUAUCAAAUGUUAGAAAUUUUAUUACUUUGCGAUCGGGAGAGAUCUUAAACUCCUUCAUUAGAAGUAACCAUUCUAAUUUUUUUAUGUGAAAAUAGUUACAAUGAAGCUUUUGGAGCUUUCUAUUUUUUGAGAAAAUACAAAAAGGAAUUUAAUAUCUAAGUUACGCACUCGUCCUGGAAACUAAAGGUCUCCAGUAUUCAACAAAGUUUUACUAGGGUUAGAACCCUAGCAAAAAUCUAAUGAUUACUGGAGAACAGACUUUCCCUACAAGUUUACUGUAACACACCGUGAGAAAACCAUUUCUCGCCAAACUCAUCUGCCGUACAUUUGUGGCGGUGCUUAUUUAAACGCGGUCACACUCAAGUUUGUUUUCCGCAUAGGGGUUUCAGACUUACAGCAGCCUACUGAAAGCCAAAUUAAAAGUAUUUGUGUGGGAAUUUAUUGUAAGAUCGAUGAAACGGUGAAAAUGUACAUAAACAGCUAUUACGGUAUACAUACCGCAUAAAGAAUUGUGUCUGUUGUUUUCUUACUGUUUCCAGCCGUAUAAACGUCACUUUGGCAAGUUUUAACGUUUAUAAUAGGACAAGGUGAGAAACCAAAACGUUAAAACUUGCUAAAAUGACGUUUAUAGGGCAGGAAACAGUGAGCAAACAACAGGCACAACUCUUUUAGGAGGCAUGCACCCUUUAAUAGCUGUUUAUGUACAUUUUAACCGUUUCAUUGAUCUUACGAUAAAUUCCCGUACAAAUCCUUAUCAGUUGGCUGCCAGUAGGCUGUUGUGAGCCUGUGUGCCCAGUGUUUUUCGGCAGAACUCGUAACUCAUCUCGUGCAAGGCGUCUUUUACGUGGGAAAUUUCACAGAAUUAUGCUGAAUAACUUUCUGUUUCAUCGUGGGACUAUGAGUGCGUUCCCUUGGAAUGAUCCAGAUUAAGAUUUAUGAUGCAGGAUCACUUUUGCUAAUGUUACGAUUAUUUUGCAUGCUUAAAUUUAAUGCGUUUUGAUUUGUGUCGUUAUUAAUGCUUUUCGGCUACUUUUGUUUUAAGGUUCGCCUGGAAAAUAUUAAGCUGAAAAACCGACUAAAAAAGAGAGAAAUGCAGCUGAAAGCCAAGGUAAGAUAAAAUUCCUAGAAAUAUAGUAAUCAUAAAUCUUAGAAAGCUUCUCGUUUUACAUUUUACCAUAAACUAGAGUAGCUGGGAACUGAUAAUGAAAUUACAUUAUGUUACAGGAAAGUCGUGCAAAUUGUUAUUAUUAACUAUUUAUUUUUUCUUGUUGUGUAGGAAGAACUGGCUGAGGGUUUACAUUUAAUAGAUUUUGAACAGCUCAAGAUUGAAAACCAGACAUACAACGAAAAAAUCGAGGAGAGGAAUGAGGUGAACUUUGUCAUUAAAACCUUCUUCUUUCCUAAGUCGAAGUUGAAUUCAAGAUCUAAAUUACAAAAAUGAAUUUACCCCGUAGAAACAAAGUAAAAAAGGCAACAUUUAUCGCUAACUUUCAUUUCCCUGGUGGCCCUAUUCACGGCCCAUAUUCGCGUCAGUAAUCAGUUAUAACUCAAAAAUUUAAUGUGCGUGUAAGUAGUUUUGAAAUAGGAGGUAUUCGCCCUAAAAAUGUACUAAUAUUUUUAUAAAGUACCUCUGUUACGUACCAGGGCAGACUUUCACGAGGUUCUUGUUUGUUGUUGCUGUUGCUGUUAAUCUUUUCAUGUACCAAACCUUAUCUGUGUUAUAAACACCGUUUCCACAAAAAAGCCGUACUUUAAAAUAAAUUGCUUCCCCUCUUGUGUUGAAUAGGAGCUGUUAAAACUCCGCAAGAAAAUCACCACCACAGUACAAGUUUUGACGCAUCUGAAGGAGAAGUUGCAGUUUGUACAGGCUGAGAACAGCGAACAGAGAAGCAGUUUAAGAACAGUCGAGGCUCAUGCAGCUCAGGUGAGUCUCUCUUCAGCACCUGUAACAAGCCCCUGAAAGGAGAAGUCGUUACGUCACGUUGGCAUGGUAGCAAUUUUUCUGGAUGACAACAAACCGAAAGUCACACUGUUUCAAACUUCACCGAUGUUACUCAAUUUCAAUUUUUUAUCAAAUAUUGGCGAACUUUUCUGAGGUUAAAUCCAAAAGGACCGUAUCUAUGUUUCGAAAAAGAACGUUUUUUGUGUUGUGGUCACCUACUCCAUAAAGCGGGCGCGUGAAAUAUGGAAGUUUCAUGUGAUUGUCGCAGUCGUGCAACGACGGCAAAGAAAUGUACAGAAGCGUGACGCACGUGCAGAGUUGUUGUGUUGUUAAUAUAAACUUAUUGCUUUUUUGCCGUUCUCGUUGCCGUCGCCAUCCAGAAAUUUUUCUACCAUGGUAACGUGACGUCACACUUCUCCUCUCUAUUGGCCAUUUUCAUGAUGACGUCAUUUGACUGCAUCUACCAGAAUUCAUUUCAGUUUGCUUGAGACUUUUUCAGUGACAAUUGCCCUUGUGGAUAUUUCUUAACCUUCGUAGCACGACUACGACGUGAAACUUCCUAAUUUCACGUGUCCGCUUUAUAAAUUAGGUAAACACCACACAAUGUUUUUUUUUCCUUUUGUAAACUCAAAUUCGGUCCUUUCGGACUUAACUCCAAAAAAUUUAGCCAAAAUUUGACAAAUUAAUUGAAACAGAACGAGAUCGAUGAACUCUAAAACAGUUUUAAGUGACGUUUUUCGGUUUGUUGUCAUCCAGAAAUUUUGCUACCUUUGCAACGUUACGUAAUGACUUCCCCGAUCUUUUUCUCCAUACUCCGCGUUCAGUAUGAAAAAAAAGGGGCUAUUCAUGCCUGAUGUCAUAUGUAUGCUGUUUGCUGUUUGGUAUUUGCUGAUAGCUAUUUCUUUUCCUUUUCCUUUUCCUUUUCAGAAACGAGACAUUCUUACACGAACAAAGCAAGUUCGAGAUGCUCUGCGAAUAGAAAAUGUCAAACUUCGACAGAAGUGUGGACUUCUUGGAAACGAACCGUUACUUAGAGAUUAUGAGCAAAGAAAAGAGCAGGUAUUUACAGAGAGCACGCUCUCUGAGUUUACCACUCCACAAUGGUUUUGAUAUUUUUCACAGGUUUCGAUGGGUUCCCAAUCAAAGUAAUGCAAAACCAAUUAAAAUCCAAGAUAUUUUUAAGGCAUUUUCGCGCAUUUGAAAGGUUUUAUUUUGUACUUCUUUGAAACUACACGCUUACCUCUCCAAAUUGACUGGUUCUGAUUAAAGGAAACUUUUUAACCCAUCAAGGGCUUGAAAACAUCUGGAAGACUUGUCAAAACCAGGCAAAGAGGGUAACGGUAGUGUACAUAGAAGAAGAAAUCAUCAGUGUUUGAUACUCACUCAGGUAACCUGCAUAAAUGGCGGAUUGUUGGGGAGCAUUCGCGAGCGGGGAAGCCUCAUUGUCCAUUCCCCAUUGCCCUCGCGGUUUUGCCUUGAUUAAUUGGUUGAUAAAUGAUUAAUUCAUUAAUCGAUCAAUUAAUUAAUUUAUUGAUUGAUUGGUUGACUGACUGACUGACUGAUUGAAUGAUUGCUUGUUUAACCGUUCGUCUCGACCUUGUUUACAAAUUCAAAGGCAACAAAUUUUUUCAGCUUUUUUCACUUAGAACACUCAAGGCAUCAUUCCCAAGUCGCGUGCGCCUUAUUUCGCUUUGCUCAUUUUAAUACGUCCCCACUAUACUAUCUGAGAGCCUGGCACAGGUUACCUUCCUCCCUUCCUCCAUGCCAGCCAGGAGUAACUACUGAUGAAAGUUUCGUUUUCCGUUUUUAGAGUGACGAUCUACGAGAGAAAAUCAAUCGAUUGAAAAUGGCACACGCCGAGCUAACAAUGAACUGCAGCGGAGUACGAACAAAGAUAGAAGGAGCCAGGCUAGAAGAAAAACAACUUUAAAGUCCUCUGUAAUUUAUGAAUUAAUAUGUUUUACACGCAUAGAUCAUAUCAAAUAAUAUUUAAGACAUAGGUUCGUUUUCUAGAGUUUCAAGAUUUGUAUAUAUAUAGUUAUGGCCGUGUCAUCUUGUAAAUAUCUCUAUUUACUUUAUUGUAGUAUCUCUUGCCAUCUCGAAACACUUUUCAACAUACAUGUGUCAUGAUAAUUUCUCAAUGUAAAAGAAUUGUAUAGUAAUUGAAAAGGCAUGCACAAAACGAAGUGGUUAAUAAAAUUCGAAAACAGCAGUUUUUAACUUUUUGCUUUAAAAA